AAGCUGACAAGCGCUGCCAAGAGCAGGCCGCGCAAAGCGCAAACUGCUGGAAGACGUGCUACUGCCUGCACUUUCGUUGCCGCCAACAUCCCUGUUAUCUCCGGUCCACGUUAACUGUCGACUUCUUCUCUGGUGCCGUUCUGCGACCGCAGCAGCGUUGACAACAGCUAAGUGGCGGAUUCUGGCUGGGACGUGGGCUUGGGAGUCCGGGAAGGCGCCAGGGGCGGACAGAACGAACCCGGGAGCCCGCCAUCUCUCUCUAGCCAUCACUAUUGCAGUCACCCCUCCCUGAAGGAGGAGAAAAGCACUAGUGAGAGGCACUCUCUGUCUCAGUUCCCAGUCAGUUAGCUCGCUUCUGACAAAAUCUGAAAAGAGGACUGAUACAGUCUCUCAGAUCGUGAAAAAUAUCUGCCAUUGAACACUGCUGACUGUUAGUCAGCUUGUUAAGCGAAGGGCAGCUUUACUUCGGCCACAGAAGAUCUGAGCCAUGUCUCCUCCGACCGUGCCUCCUACUGGGGUAGAUGGUGUGUCCGCGUACCUGAUGAAGAAAAGGCACACUCACAAGAAGCAGCGCCGUAAGCCCACUUUCCUCACUCAUAGGAACAUCGUGGGCUGCCGCAUUCAACACGGCUGGAAAGAAGGCAAUGAGCCAGUGGAGCAGUGGAAGGGAACUGUGCUCGAGCAGGUUUCCGUGAAGCCCACUCUGUAUAUCAUCAAAUAUGACGGCAAAGACAGUGUGUACGGACUAGAACUGCACAGAGAUAAGAGAGUUUUAGCGCUGGAAAUUCUUCCUGAGAGAGUUCCUUCUCCGCGCAUCGACUCUCGCCUGGCUGAUUCCCUGGUUGGGAAGGCAGUGGGGCAUGUGUUCGAAGGUGAGCAUGGAAAGAAAGAUGAGUGGAAGGGGAUGGUGCUGGCGCGAGCCCCCAUAAUGGAUACUUGGUUUUACAUCACCUACGAGAAAGAUCCGGUCCUCUAUAUGUACACCCUGCUGGACGACUACAAAGAUGGUGACCUGCGUAUCAUUCCAGAUUCCAACUACUACUUCCCUACAGCAGAACAGGAGCCUGGAGAGGUGCUCGACAGUCUCGUGGGCAAGCAGGUGGAACACGCCAAAGACGACGGAUCCAAGAGAACUGGAAUUUUUAUUCAUCAGGUGGUAGCCAAGCCAUCUGUCUACUUCAUCAAGUUUGAUGAUGAUAUUCACAUUUAUGUCUAUGGCUUGGUGAAAACCCCCUAAAUUUAUAGACCUCUUUAGAGGUAAAAUAUUUUAUGUUCUCAAAAUUAGGUUUUUCUGGGGACAAUUUCUAGGUCAAAAGUUCCGGACAGUGGCUAAAUCGUAUUGUGCCUCCAUAUCUUAUAUUGACUAUUUCCCAGUUCUGACUCAAGCAUAUGUUGGUACUUUGGUUCUUUAUUUGUUUUGUAAUUGAAAAUUUAAAGUGGUUGCUAAGAGGGGGAAAAAGUGUUUGGAUUCACCGAAACGACUCAAAAGAAGAUAAACUCUGCAACGUGUCUUCUGCUCCCCUCCCCCCUUUUAAUUCUUCCAGUUAAUUAGUUUGAGAAUUUGGCAUUUUUCUUAGGAUGUUUUUCCUGCUCUCUAGCAGAAACUUUGAUGUAGUUUUUGCAGAACUGACCUACCAGAUGAUACAGUUUUUGAUAAAUGGCACAGUCAGUCUCUGUCCUUCACUCUCACGCUUCCUCUCACCACUGUUCACAGUAAACAUAGAUGUGCCGAAAAGUAUCCAUUCUGGUGUUGGCGGUCAUUUAUUUCCCUUUUUACUCAUAAUGAUGUUUUAUUGUAUUAAGGUGCUCUCAUUUCUGUAGAAGUGUUAUGUAGGCAUAGACUAGUUUUAAGAAAUAUUGCAAGGUUGCCAUCCACUGGUCUUUAAUGUUGACAGAAAGUUCCAUGAUUUUCCUGAUUACAUUCUUUUUGAUGUUUACCUGACUCAGUGAGAUUUUUUUCUCUUUUUUGAUUUGCUAAUUCCUAUCCUUUGUUCUUUUAUAUAUUCAGUUGAUAUUUUCCAUGUAAACUUGUAGGAAUCUCUAGUACGAAAGUGCAUUUAAACUUUUUUAUUUCAUGUGUUAAUGAAUUUUACAUUGUUUUUAAUCUUGACUUUAUUGUUCACUUUACAACUUUAAAAACCUUAAUUUUAUAAUUUUUAAACAUCUAUGUCUUUUUAUAAAGUUUUAGUUUCUUUUCUUUUUCAGGCAGGUGUCCCUAACCUCAAUCAAACCAAUAUUCACUUUGUUUUUCUCUUAUAAUCUUAAUUAUAUUUAAAUUUUCUAUCUACCUGAAAUUCAAUUUUGCAUACUAAUGCAUAGAGAUUCAAUUCUAAAUAUUUUUGCAUUAAAUAUUCUACUGUAGAAAUGACUUUUUUUUUAAAAAUCACUAUUUUUCAAAUUUCAGAGUGAAAGUUAAUUUUAAACCUAGUACCAGACCAUAAGUUUCAGAAACUGGAAUAACAAAUUCCCUUUUAAUAGUUAUUUUUUCUUUCUUAUUAUAAUUUAUCCUCAACACUCAUCCUUUCAAGAGAAAAACCAAUGCAUUUUAUUGAUAUUUUGAAAGGGUCUGAUACCUAUCAGAAUUGCAUCAAUUUUCUGUAUUCUUAUAUACAAGAAUAAAAUUAGUGAGAUUUGGUAGAUCAUUGAAAUAUUUUUAUCUUGUUUUCAAACCAUUCUUCAUAUAGAUCAUUCAUAUCGAAUGGAAUUUAUUUUUGCAGUCAUCAAAUUUUGUACUAAGUUGAAUAUUUUCCUUCUUAUAUGUAACUUUUUAUUUUUAUCAAUAGAGGAAAUUUACAGAUUUUAUAUUUUUAUCUUUUAUCCAAUGAUUUAUUUAAUCCUAUAUGUUACAUUGGAUUUUAAAUUAGAAACUUUUGGAUUUUCUUGAUAUAUACAAUCAUUUUGUUUGUAAAUACAGAUAAUUUUAUUUCUUCUAAUGCUUAUACUUACUAGUAUAGCAUUAGCUGGAUUUUCCAGAGCAGUGUUAUGUGAUGAUGAUGGCAGGCAUGCUUGUCCUAUCUCUAAUUUUGAUGAGAAUGACUUUAUUGUUUCAUGUGUGACUUUAUCGUUGAUUGUUAGUAAGUAGUCAUAGUUUAGAAAGUUCUUCUGUUCCUGUUUUUAUAUAGUAUUACUAUAAGAAAUGUCUCCUUGAUUUUAUCAAUGUCUUUUCAAUAUCCAUUAUCAAACGUAUAUAGUUUUUCUUUUAAUUUGUUGAUGUAUGAUUUAUAAGAAAGCUAGAUAUAUAGUAUUAAGCCAAACCUGUAUUUCUGGAAUAAAUCCUACUUGGUUACAGUAAAAUAGACAUUAUUUUGCUGUAUUUUAUUGACCAAUAAUGCAUUCAUAAUUGGAUUUGCAUUCCAAAGGAAAAUUACAGUUUUAGAUUACUCUUUGUAUUUUUAAUUGAAUUAACAAACAACAGGUUGUCAUUUUUUCAUAAGCUCUCUCUAUAAAGCUUUGUUAUUAAAAUUCUACUAGCUUAAAGAAAUGACUGAGUGAAAUAGCAUUAGAAAUAUUUUUUUUAAAUUAGCUGGGAAUAAGCUAUAAAACAUUCUAAUCCUGGGAAUGAAUUUUAUUACGUAUCUUCAAUGCAUUUCCUGAUUUUUCCCAGUGGUAAUUGGCUUUUUCAGACUGUUUGUUAAUACAGAAUAUAUAUUUUUUCUGUCAUUUACAGAAUAUAUAUUCUCUUUCAAUUACAUACUAAGUUGAAAGUUGCUUAUUUUAUAAAGUUUGCUGAUUAUUUUUAUGUGCUUUAUGUCAUUAUGUAUUUGCCCAGUUCAGAAAAUGUAAUAAAAUCAUCAGCUAUAACGACAGCAUAAUUAUCUUUUUAUUCUUUUACUAGAAAAAUAAGGCAGAAUAUAAAAAAUUAUCAAAGAUGUGAAAAACAUUUGUUUACCUCCACUCCAAAUUAGAAAAUAUCUAUACUUUGACAUGUUUGCUUUGUGCAGAUUUAUAUUUCAAUGAUCAGUGUUAAUGUCUAAUAAAUUCAUUUGCAACUACCAUACCACCUCUUCUGCAGAGGCAAACACUGUCAUGAAUUUGGUGCUGAUGUUUUAUAUAUUUACUAAAAAUAAAUUAUAUACAAAUAAAACUAUAA